AUGGCCGUGACCCUCAACAGCCGCUUCCAAGGAGGCAAAGCCUACGGGCAGCGGAGAGCGCAGCAGGAGGGGCGGCUGGAGGAGAUCAACAAGGAAUUUCUCUGUGACCCCAAGUUCAGUGAUGAAGAAGAUCUGGAGGAGAAGCUCGCGGUGUUCAAAGAGAAAUACAUGGAGUUUGACCUGAAUAACCAAGGCGAGAUUGAUCUGAUGUCUGUCAAAAGGAUGAUGGAGAAACUGGGAGCUCCGAAGACGCACUUAGAGCUGAAGAAGAUGAUCUCUGAAGUGACUGGAGGGGUUAGCGAAACCAUCUCUUACCAGGACUUCGUCAACGUGAUGCUUGGCAAGCGCUCUGCUGUCCUUAAAUUAGUCAUGCUGUUUGAAGGAAAAGCCAAUGAAAACAUCCCAAAGCCUUCUGGCCCGCCUCCAGAGAGAGAUAUUGCCAGUCUUCCCUGA